UCAAGUUCAUUCAAAUAAGUUUCGGUGGUGGCUCUUGCUGCCUGAGCCCUGUCAGUCCUGCCUUUGCAUGACAACUUCAACAGAAAUUUCUGAGUAUUCAUCUGAUAAUGACAGCGUGAGAGAAGGAGAGAUGGGCCUGGUGACCGCUACUCCAGGAGCCACUAAGAGAUUACGGUCGAGGUCAGGAGUAGACAUGGGGGAUGUUACAGCACAACCGGCCAGCGAGUGGCUGAGGUCUGCGCAAGCCCUUCUCUGUCCGCCGGGGAAGCAGCCGGGCAAGCCUCCCCGAGCCCCCACUGAGUCUGCAAAGAAGCGGAAGCUACUGAGGGGCGGGCUAGCUGAGAGGUUAUGUCGGCUGCAGAACAGAGAAAGAUCUGCCAUUAGCUUUUGGAGGCAUCAGUGUAUUUCAGAUGCUAAAAUCCCCGCAGAUAAAUCCGGUGUCUUAAUUGUGAAGAUCUUAGAAAUGUUUGAGGAGUGUACAAUACAAGUUGCCAUCUGCCAGCAGCUGGAACAGUGUCCUGCUAUGCUUUCAUCCGAGGAUGCUGUCAUCAGUGCAGGAGAACCAAUACUCAAAGUCCUCUUUGCAAGAGAGACGGCAGCUCACCUGAAGAGCAGGCCACAGGAUAUCAUCCACAUCUACCCUCCAUGGCAAAAACUGCUUCUCAAAAAUGCAGAUGUUCCUGUUAUCAUGAAUACACAUUUUAGUCAGAAGGUGCUACUUGGUGAACAUUCAGAAACAAGAGAGAAGACAUACGGUCUUACGAAGAUGCUUAUUAGGAAAAAUAUUAUAUCUUUGGCACAGACAUUCAGACUAGAUGACCUCGAUGAUGAGUUACACCAGGAACCUUCAGAUAAUCAGGUUGCUUGUGCUCCACACAUCCGUAACAACUGUGAUUUGAAACAGCAUCCCUUAGCACAGAGUGCUGUUAAUGAUUCUCUGCUUGAAAUGGUGGAAAGCCAGGGAGCAGUGGGCUGGAGAGAAGCACAAGUACGAGUCGUUAUCCAAAGGGUGUACUGUUUGCCUGCAAGAGAAGGUUACGGAAGCCACGUUCAAGGAAACAAGCCUCUUUGUGCAACACCCAUCAUAAAUUCAGAUCCACCAAAUGUUAGGUUAUGCCUCCUUGUCCAGGAUGCCUACGGUAUGUUCAGUGAAGUGCAGUUACAGUCCCUGGGUUCUGCAGAUGACAUUGAGCAGUAUUGCAGGAGAUGGGAAGGAAAAUUCUGCUGCCUAGCUGGAAUGAAAAUUUUGCAAAGAACUACAAGAGGAAGGGCAUUAGGACUUUUUAGCCUGAUAGACAGUCUGUGGCCUCCAGUAGUGCCUGUAAAAGUUCCUGGGCAAAGUCAAGACUCUGAAAUGAUGACAACUAAUCUUCCUCCUCCCAGCUUCUGUUAUAUUCUUACUGUUCAGUCUGGUGAAAUACAUGUGGAAGUGGAUGAGGAAGAACAGAUUUCUAAUUUGUACCAGCCACCAGCUGUUCGUGGUCUAAAGGAAAUUCUUCAGAUCAAUGGUUGUAAUGAACGUUGUAGCUUUUGGGCGCAAGUGCUGUAUCUAAGGCUGCAGACAAAAAACAGUGUUCCUAUAAAUCAAAGAGAGAUUUGGUUGUUUGUGACUGACUCCACAUUGCAAAAUGUGGUUCAUAUAAUUCCAAAAGUUGUUGCUGUGUCAGUCGCUGCAUCGUGUGUUCUCAGUAGGGAAAUCACAGAAGCCCUCAGCGUUGCCUCGCAACUCGUCUUCUUCAAGGAUGCACUGUGGGGAAAUGGUAGGAUUAUUUGUGUUGAACGUACUGUUCUCUUAUUACAAAAGCCUCUUUUGUACUCGGCUGCCGGUGCUGACCUCAGUGAGCUGACUGGCCCUGUCAGACUCGAUGAGCUGGAUUCUGCAACACAGACCAACUCCAUUUGUGCUGUAAGAGGUACUGUUGUUGGAGUUAAUGAGAGCACUGCUUUCUCCUGGCCUACAUGUGACAGAUGUGGCAAUGGAAAGUUGGAACUGUGUCCCCAGGACAGGAUGUUGAAUAAUUCCGGGAGCAUGACCGUCCAAAAGUGAAGACCGAUCAUACAGGACCUGUUACCACCUGAAAUGCUAUUCCUGCAUCACACUGGCAUGCUCUUGGAAAGCCUCCCCUUCAGCUGCUUAGCCCACUUGCUCCUGCAGAGUCUGAGAUGAUACCCACCCGAUGGGAUGAAAACACGAGAGGAAAAGAGAGUAGUCAGAGUGUAAAAAGAAGGAAAGGGGGGUUCUUUCUGCUGGAAAAGCUUACAAAAAGCAUAAAGAGAAGUUGGGUGGGGUUGAUCCCAUUGAAAUAGAUAACAUUUUCCUAAGUAUGAGAAGCUUUACCACUUAUGCUUUGUUAUGUAUAACCCUUGGGGGAAAAGGCUGAAAAUAAAAAAAAGGUUGCCCUAUAUUAUGCUAACACGCAAAGAAUAUGGAUGUGUGUAUGUUCACAUAGUAGUGUAGUUUGAUAAAAAAAAAAUCUCAGCUGUGAAGGACACUUCUGCUUCAUUUGGAGAACAACGUAGCAUCAAUGUUUGUUUAAGAUGUUAUUCCAACAAGCACUUAUAGCUGAGCUUAAUUUUAUGUAUAUGACCUAAGUAUGUCCUGAAAAUGUUGAACGUUUGCCGAACGAGGGCCUAAGUCAAUAAGCCACUCGGGCCAAAUCUAUGCUACAAAUUUCCUUUUGCCAUAACUUUUAGAAGGUUAUGAGAUUAGUAUUUGCUUAAGUGGGAUGGCUAUAAAUAGCAACCUCCCCCCAUGUUGCCAAAACUUCCAAAAGGAGGAUCCUUUUGCUAGAAGAGUUUAGGUCCUCCAAGAGAGUUACUCAGCUCUACCAACAGAAGAGCUCUGUUUAUUGUUAUCAGCUGAAUC